AUGGAGUGGGACGACAUAGUGUAUUUGUUACUGCUCUUUUUGUCCAUAGGAAUUGGUCACGUCUUCCGGCAAAGAGAAGACAAAGAUAGUAGAAAAUGGUUAAGUUCUGGUUUAGGAUUUCUUUUAGUAUUAAUUGUAUCAGGGAGACAUAGUCUACAUCCCAUAAUUUGUACUCUUAUAAAUGCCUUCAUCAUUCUUGGAACAGACAGAAGAAAAUGUCAUAUUGUAAGCUUCUUCUUUACAUUCGCUUACUUGUUCUUCUUCCGUAUGACUGAGUACUUUGGGAUACCGUAUCCUCCAGCACAUACCAACCUGAUACAGAUGAUGGUGACAUUAAAGGUUGUAGGUCUGGCAUUUGAAGUUCAUAAUACAGCUGCAGCUGAAAGGAAGAAGGGACAGGAUUGUAAUGCAGCUAUUGCAGAGCUAGAGACAACAGAAGUUCACCCAAGCUUCCUUGACAUUUUUCAUUACACAUUUUGCUACAUUGGAAUCAUGACAGGUCCAUACUAUACGUAUCGAACAUACCAUGACUGGUUAACCUAUCCAUUCAUGUCAUAUGCUCCCUGUAAAGAUGCAACUAUUCAGAAGAUGAAAUAUGUGCCAAUGUUUGCAAUCUUCUUUCUUAUUGCUUCAGCUGUAUUUCCACUUCAGUAUGCUGUAUCUGAAGAGUUCUACAGUGAACGCUCAUUAUUCUACAGGAUCUGGUACAUCACCCCAACUUUCUUUAUUUUCCGCAUGCGCUUAUAUGUUGGGAUGGUAUUAUCAGAAUGUGUGUGCACAAUGGCAGGACUUGGGGCUUACCCAGAAUUCACCGAACCUAGUGCAGGGCAUGGACCUACAAAAGAGUUCACCAAGCUGAUAGAAAUAGCAUCAAAUCAUCUGCUUGCCAAGAAGGAAAAAUACAACUUUGAGACAAUCCACAAUAUAGAUCCAUACGGAUCUGACUUUGUACCUACAUUCCGAGGCGGCAUGAAGUGCUGGAAUAUGUGUAUCCAGUACUGGUUGGCUGUAAACGUUUACAAACGGCUUCCAAGGAAUCAGUUUAGAGCUCUCAUUACCAUGACUGUGUCCGCUAUAUGGCACGGGGUGUAUUUAGGCUAUUAUCUGUGCCUCAUGUCUGCUCCCAUGUACCUCCCUGUAGAGGAUGUGUAUGUAAAAAUCAGGAAAGAUACCACUGGAUGGGAAGCAAAGGCUUGGGACUUUUUCCUGUGGUUCUUCAAAAUGCAAGCAUUCUCAUACAUGGCCAUUGUCUUUUUGCUGCUACGUAUUGACCUGACCAUUAAAUUUUGGAGCUCCAUCUACUUUGCAGGGCACGUUGUUGCUAUCAUUCUCUUUGUUCUUGGUAAAUUCAUUCUUAAGUCCCGCAAGAAGAACAAACAUGUAUCCAAAACUGAGUAAUUUGGAUUCAUCUUCAGAGCUGAAAUGACCUCUACCUGCUAUAUACCUACAGUUUUGUUUCACACUUGACAUAAAUGAAACCUGCGUCUCUCUGACAUUUUUAUUUUUAGGAGUUUUAUAAAAAUAAUGAAGAAUAGAGGCUACAGAUUAUUAAUUACCAUAGGAUCUAACGUUCAUAAUGGAUGUGAUUUUCUGUUGUGAAUGUAGCAAUCACAGGGUGUGCUAAAAUUUGGUAAAUAUUAUUACAUGCAUGCUUCUAACUUAAAACAUUACUGAAUUGGCAAAUGUCAGGAAUAUUGUCACAUGUAGGGGGGGCUUUAUUGACAACUUAUA